CACGAGUCAUAGCCCGAAACGGCACAGGGGCAAGAGGGGUCUCUCGCUAGAGAUUUUGUUUAUGGUUUUGAUUGGUUAUGUGUAACCGUAUUGAUGAAUAGCAUAUUAGUAUCGAAAAUGAAAUAAGAAAAGAUGAAAGCUGACUAAUGAAACCUGCAUUCUUUUCAGGGCUGGCUUCGUGAACAACGUGGGGUAGAAAUGACAACUUCUUUAUACGUGUGUAUUCUCUAUCCUGAAGUACACAGCCAUAAAGUUCGCCCGCUUGUUAACGCAAAAUUCUGUAACUACGUUCAUAGAACACAACUUUCGUACGCAUGAAUACACUGGAAAUUGAUUCUUGAAAACUGCCAAAGUUUUGCCUCUGUUUAGCGAGUUUAGCUUAUGAAAGCAAAUAUGUAUUAUGCAUCAGUUAACUAUGCGGUGGCGGGUUUUCCCCGGAUGAUUGUUUUUAUAUGAAUUGUGAAUUCGUUUAAUUUACCAAUGUGUAGUUUCAGUUUAUAAUACACAUGCAAUUAAAAAAAGUAUUUUCUGACAUCAUAAAUAUUGUCUCAGAUACAUGGAAAAAGUUUCAAAAAGAAGACACAUCAAAUUCAGUAGUUGAUUUUUAUUAUUAUACUAAUUGAUUUUGGUAGUAAAUUACUUAAUAGUAUGUUUCGAAUGUGACCAAUCCGUACAAGCGUUUAUUUAAUGCUUCGUAUUUAAGCAUAAAUUUAUUAAGAUGUUAAAUAUUCAACGAGUUUUGACACUUACUUCUCUGUUAUUAAUAUUUAAUUCUUAUAAAACUGUCGCUACACGAAAUUUAUCAUUCACUCCUAUUGUUAUUGAAGGAGCAUAUGAGAAACAAUAUGAACUUGUCAUAAAUACUACUGUUGAAUAUGUCUUCUUGUAUCGUACUAACAAUGUAACAUGGAUGCAAACUGCGAGAAUAAAUGUUGAAAGCAAUGCCACUCAUAAUCUACCUCUUAUCGUAGUGGUGCGUGGAAAGAAAGAAACUCUGUCAUGGCAAAUUCCUCUUGUUGUAAAUAGCAUGUAUUUUAAUGAAUUAACUUAUAAUAAAACCAGUCGCACACUGUGUUCGACGAAAGAUUAUCAGAAUGCUCAAGGAGACACAGAAGAGUUUGUUACUAUUAGUUUAUCUACUGCUAGUUACAAUAAUAUUUCAUUCAAGCUUAACGUAACAGAAGAUUUUCAUUUCUACUUGAGAUUAGGAGAAAAUAGGUCAAUAGCAAUUUCACCAUCCGAACCUAUAUUUUUUGGUUAUACCUUUCCGGAGCAUGCAGAAAGUUCCUCUGUGAUUGUCCAUGUUACAUCUGAAAGUGACGUUUGUAUGACAGUUUCAGUACAAAAUACAUCGUGUCCUGUAUUCGAUUUAGAAAGAAACAUUGAAUUUACCGGUGUUUGGCAAACUGUAAAUCGACAAGGGGGUAUUACUGUGCCAAGGGAAGCAUAUCCAUUGGGCUUUUUUGUUGUGCUAGUAGUAAAGGGUGAUGAUACUGAUUGUUUUGGAUCACCCAAUAUGAUCUCUUUAAGAAAUAAGAAUGUGAUGCUAAAAAUAAUUGAUGGUAUUACCAAACAAGAUUAUCUUAUAGCAUCAAUGGUAGCAAUAUCCAUUAUUUUUAGUUUUUGUAUUAUCUAUGUUGUGGGUGUAGUGGUAUUAAAAAUUAAAGAAGGCAGGAAAAUUUCCCGUGAGUUGUACAGCAGUCAAGAAACCGAAAACAUUGAUGAACCCAUGCCAAGUCCUUCAACCAUAGAAGAGAUUGGGCCGCAUCAGUCUGUGAUCGAAGAAGAUUCUUCAUUAGAGGAAGAUGAUAUUGAUUUACUGGAAGAUGCUCUUUCCGAUAAAGAAGUAAUACGAACGAAACUAGUGCUUUCAGUUUGCGAUUUAGCACGCAAAGAUCCAAAGAUUCUUAGACAUAAAUCUAAAUUAUAUUUAUAUUAUUUAGGAACGGUUGCUAUUUUUUAUACUUUGCCUGCCGUGCAACUGGUUAUAACAUAUCAGAAAGUACUUCAGGUUACUGGAAAUCAGGAUAUGUGUUAUUAUAAUUUUCUUUGUGCUCAUCCAUUUCAACAGUUGUCGGAUUUCAAUCAUGUAUUUUCCAAUUUCGGAUAUGUAAUAUUAGGUCUUUUAUUUAUUUUUUUGACACAUUCUCGAGAACAUAAUGAAUUGGAAAAAGAAAAAAAUAAAUGCUAUGGCAUACCCCAACAUUAUGGAUUAUUUUAUGCAAUGGGCACUGCACUCAUUAUGGAAGGUAUACUCUCAGGAAGUUACCAUGUAUGUCCAAAUAGCAGCAAUUUUCAAUUCGACACCAGUUUUAUGUACAUCAUAGCAGUGCUUUGCAUGAUCAAAAUUUAUCAAACUCGUCACCCUGAUAUAAAUGCUCGAGCACCAAUCACAUUCGGUAUUCUGGCUUUAAUCAUAUUCAUUGGAUUAAUGGGUGUUCUGAACGGGUCAAUUUUUUUUUGGGUCACAUUUACAAUUGCACAUUUGUCAAUUUGUUUGUUUCUAACAAUUCAAAUUUAUUAUAUGGGACGGUGGAGAUGGUAUGGAUUCAGAGGUAUUAUUACAAGGAUGAUACAGAACUGCAGAUACGACCUACGUAUAGGAAUUGGACAUUUAUUUCGACCGUUAUAUUUGGGACGAUUUAUAAUGCUUGUGGUAGCAAAUUUAUGUAACGUUGGUCUCGCAGUAUUUGGAAAUAUAACUCAUGAGAAAAAUUUUGCAACGUUCUUAUUAGCUAUACUAAUGUCUAAUUUAAUUUUGUAUACCCUUUUUUAUAUUGUAAUGAAGGUAUGUGUAGAUAUUCGAAUACUUCAAAGCAUCCAUAUACUGAAGGAGUUAAUUGCUUUUAUAUUUCAGAAAUGUCAUAAAGAGCGGAUUCUUCUUCAACCAUUAAUGUAUAUUAUUUUAUCGAUUAUAUUUUGGGCUGCUGCUAUGUACUUUUUUAUCAACAAAACAAUUUCAUGGGCGCUUACUCCAGCACAGUCUCGUCUUUAUAAUAAACCUUGUAUGUUUCUAAGCUUCUUCGAUAGUCAUGAUAUUUGGCAUUUUCUGUCUGCCUUUGCAAUGUUCUUCUCAUUCAUGGUUCUGCUUACCCUAGACGACGAUCUUGUCGAUGUACACCGAAGUCAAAUACCAGUCUUUUAAGGGUAAUGACACGAACAAAUGUUCAUUCAUAGUUACCUUUUUUAUCUCUUUAUGAAAAUAUGAUUAUAUAUAAUAUACAUUUUACCUUGAUCUUAAUAAAUUAAAAAUAGUAUAAAAUAUAUAUGUAUAUAUAAAGAUCGUAUAGUAACUUUUUUGUAUUAAACGCCUUAAUUCCUUUAAACACUCAGAUUUAUAGAAUUUUU